GUUUGAUCGCGGAGAAAACAAGAACUAGAGCUUACGCAUUUCGCAAAGUCUGAUACGUGAGGCAAAACGUCACAUGAAAGGUAUCACAUUACAAAAAUGAUAUGAUGGCCUUUCUAUCAGAAGAAAAGUCAAGCAGUGUCAAAAAAGAAAGAAAGUUGCCAAGAUAGUUGCUUAUUAUUCAUACAUUGUCGACUUGCGAAAGACAUUUCAAGAAAACUAUUCAGUGUUGCCACAAAGAAAACAAUGGCAUUCAGUCCGCCAACAAAUCAACCGAGAGAUCGUAAACUACAAACGUAUAUCUAUUAUAACUUUAUUUUAAUAGUACUGGUAACGCUUGUUCUUUACCUCACGCUCUAUAUAACGUAUGCAGCGGACAGAUCAGUUUCCCAUUUGAAUGUUGCCCAUGAAAUCGAGGCCUACAGAACAGUCGUCAAACGAACGCCACACCCGCAGGCAGUCCAUGAACGACAACGGAACAGAAACGUACCAAAACGCACCCUGUAUCCUCUGACAGUAGAGUCCCAUUACGUGAUAAACAGUCCUAAUAUAUGUACGAACGUGAGCAAUUUAAAAUUCCUAAUAAUUGUCCACACCUCGACGGACCAUUUUCAGAGACGAAGAAUAAUGAGAGAGACGUGGGCCAAUAAGAAUAUAUUUAAAACUGUUAAUUUGAGGAUAGUUUUCUUCUUUGGGUUGACAAAAGUGACAGCAACACAGGAGUUGAUAGAGAACGAAAGUAUCGUCUACGGCGACGUUAUCCAGGGGAAUUUCCUGGACACCUACCACAACCUGACCCACAAGGGCGUGCUGGCGUACAGGUGGACUCAGGACUUCUGUCAGCAGGCCGAGAUGAUUGUCAAAGUAGACGACGACGUGUUCCUCAAUGUCUUUAUCCUCCUGGAAAGUGUUUACCCGGAGUUCAAAUCUAAGAAGCGUUCUAUUUUAUGUCAAUGCCUUAUGAAAUAUAGAAGCAAGAUCCAUAGAGGGAAACACAAAUGGUCUGUGGACAAGCGUGUGUUUCGUGGAUAUUCCCACUACCCCAUCAAUUACUGCAUGGGCUACUUCGUACUCAUAUCACGCGAUCUCAUCAGACCAAUGUACCGGGCAUCCUCUCUGACGCCGUUCUUCUGGGUCGAUGACGUGUAUCUGUACGGGCUGCUUCCCGAAAAAGUCGGUGGCGUCAAGCAUCAGGACAUCAGGAAGAGUUUGAUGAAAAACGCAAAGGUGGGUCUCAAGUGCUAUCUUGAAUCAAAGAAAUGUUCGUACCUGGUGGUGAUCGCUUGGGCAAAGGAAAAGGGCUACUUCGACCAACUGUGGUACGCAGCUUUGUCACAGCUGAGUCCAGCAAUGAAAAAGGAGGUGAAUCCUUUACUAUUACCAGAAGGGUAAAAAUAUAUCUUUGUUAAAGGGACAGACCCUAGUUUCAACCCGUGAAAAUUAACACUAAGUUUAGUUAAUCUACAAACCUGUAACACAUUUGGAUAAAGUUACAAUUGAGAGAAACAUGA